CGCUGCCCAUCGCUCCAGCAGCUCCAGAGAGCUGCCUGCCUCUUGCUCCUGCUCCUGCUCUGCUCCCUGGCUGCUGCCCGGCAGAGUCUGCCCGAGUGCUGCCGGCAGAAGACCUGCUCCUGCCACAUCUAUGACCUCCUGCACGGCAUGGGCAACCACGCCGCCGGCAUCCUCACGCUGGGCAAGAGGAAGAGUGGCCCCCCGGCAUUCCAGAGCCGGCUCUACCGCCUGCUGCACAGCUCCGGCAACCACGCCGCGGGCAUCCUCACCAUGGGCAAGCGUGGGGAGCGCCCUGGCACCACCUGCCACGACGCAUCGGGCUGCCCCAUGGGUGCAGGCACUGACACCAGCCCCGCCAGCCCCAGGGACCAGUGCCAGGGACACUCGGGGAAGGACCUGACCAAGAGCCAAGCCCAGAGAGCUGCUAAGAGCUUUUAUUGAGAGGGGUGGGGGCAGCAGGAACAGAGUGAGGACCCAUAGGGGGGCAUCCCUGGGACACACACCUGGAGCUCGGUGUAAAUAGCACUUUGACAUACCUCCUCCUGGCCUGGCCCAGCCUGCUCAGGGCGCUGCAGGCACCGCCGGCCUUUUACAAUAAAUGAUAGCCCGAUGUUA